AUGGAAUCAGCAGAAGCGUUUAAGAGAGAAGCUAGAAGGCUGUUGGAUUUAGCAGAACAAGAUGACGCUGUAAACACUGAACAGUUGGCACGUCAAAUGUCACAAUUACAAAUCAAAAGAACAAACGAAUUAGCUGAUGGAGAUGAACAUUACUUUAAUAUGUUAGCCAGAAGCUAUGAUGACAUUCACUACUCCAACAUUUUAGCUGUUGCGAUCGAACCUCAGACCCAAGCUCUUGCAACCAGUUCAAUUGACAAGACGGUCAAGAUCAGCUCGUUCCUGAGCCAUCACGAACUAUCACCACGGACCUACCGACACCACCAGGCGCCCGUUCUGAGCAUCGACUUUCAUCCGAGAUAUCCUCAGUUGAUGCUCACUACAUCCAUGGACGGCACCAGUGUGCUUGUUGAUACGUACUUUGAACCUGAGUUUGGACAGGCGGUUGAAACAUCAGGCGUGCACCAAGUGUUUAAAGAUCAUAAAAAGUAUGUCGUGCGUGGAUUAUUCUCGCCUGGCCAAGGGCAGUACAUAGCAACAGGCUCCUAUGACCGAACGGUGUGCGUCUACAGACAAGUCAAUGAUGAGGGGCUACCCAAGUAUGUGCUUGAGAGACAGCUGGGUCCAUUCGUGGGUAACGUCGAGACAAUCUGUUUUGCAAGUGACAGUUUGUUGAUUGUGGGAGUGCGGGAUGAUAAUUAUUUACAUUAUAUCCAGUUACCCGAGAUGCACCAGCGCCGGGUCAACAUGAAUACCAUGGGCGAUGACUGGGUCUCGUUCUCGCCUGUACACCUCUCUGUGUCGGCUGAUGGUCAGUACGUGCUGUGUACGACGGAUCAUGUGAGCGGAAGAACGAUCUUGUUUGCCCUGGGUGAGUCAACGCAACUGCAAAACUACUAUAUUCAAGGCACAGAUAACCAGUUCAUGGUCAAACGUCACGUGUGGCAUCCCUCUGGCUUAUACUUUUAUGCGUCGGGAGGAGAUGAUCAUUCGAUUCUGGUCAUAGAGACAAAAUCGGGUAGAGUUGUAGAUACCCUGCUUGGACAUAAGGCAAUGAUUCGGUCCCUUGUGCUCAAUCCAGAAGUGGGGCUUGUAAGCGCAGGUUAUGAUCAUACAGUCAAGGUGUGGACUUGGACAUCAACACUGUCAAGAUAA